UCAUCCUUAAACUUUUGCUGAUAUUAAGGCGCAAGAAAGUAAGAAAAAUUCCUAAGAAAAUAAAUUCAUCUUCUUUAGAAUAUCAAAAAAUAUUAAUCUCACACAUGGCAAGAGUCAUGAGUUCUUCAGUUACUCAAGCUAACAAUGAAGUUGAUCAUCAUCACUUUGAUCACAAGAAUCCCACCACCCAAGAAGUGGAAGAACCAAGAAUUCCAAUGAACAAGCCAAAACUCACUGGAAAGUUUAUGGGAAUUGUUUUUUAUCUUCAACUGUUGAUGGUUUCAGUUCUUGCAGUCAUCCUCAUCAUAAGAGGCUUCCUUUCUUCUCAUGCUCGUCGCCAUUUUCGCCCGUUGGAUUGGUAUCCGCCGGUACUUAUGUCUGUUGGAUUGUCUGGAAUCACUGGAUUAGUAUGGCAAACAUUAAGUCGAUACCAUCCAUCAGGAGCCAUCAAGUUAGCAUUUUGGUUCAGCCCUUUGCUAACCUGUGGCAUGGGUGUUCUUUUGAUCUCCAUUGGCUCAGGAACAGGCUUAGCUUUCGGAGUUUUAUCGAUUCUAGUAGCUGUGAUUCAGUCGUUGUAUGCUUGUUGGGCGAACCCUCGGUUUGAUCAUGCUGUUUCUGUGCUGUCUGUCUGCACUGCAGUCCCUCCUCUGAAGAUGAUCAUACUAAACACACUGUCUGUAGUUAUAACAGUAGUGUACUCUUCUGUUUUACUGGCGGGAAUUGGUGGUGCCACAGCUACUGGGACACACUAUGAUAAGAUUUUCAUCGCGGUCAUCCUCCUGAGCAUGAUCUGGACACUGCAAGUGAUCAAGAAUUUCCUGCAGGUGGCAGUCUCGCGUGUCAGGUAUAUGAACUUCGCGUGUGGAGAUUUGUCAACAGACGCGUGCACAUCCCUUAAAGAGGUCGUGGGUCCCACAAUGGGGACUGUAUGCUUCGGGUCAGUCCUGGUCCCGAUGGUCACUUUCGUGCGAGGUUCUGCAAGGGCAGUCAGCCUUAUAGCGGGGGACUCUGACGAAUUCCUGUUUUCUUGUGCUGAUUGUUACUCAGGGAUUGCCUCGAGACUUGUGACAUGUGGCAAUCAAUGGGGGUUUGUCCACGUUGGAGUGUACGGUAAAGGGAUCAUCCAAUCAUCAGCUGACACAUGGGAGAUGUUCAGAAGAGCAGAGAUGGAAGAACUUAUUGACUGUGAUUUAACUAGUUCAUUCUGUUUCUUCUGUGGAGUUGCAGGAGGUGCUCUGAGUGCACUUGCAGGAGGGUGUUGGACAAUUGUGGUGCAUAAAGAAUAUGCAACUCAGAUUUUGGUUUAUGGUUUUUUGGUUGGUUAUUGUCUUAGUCGUGUUGCUAUGGCUUGGCUACAAUCAUGUGUUUCGGCUUACCAUGUGGCCUUCGCCGAGAACCCUCAAAGUGCUCGUUUCGAUGCAACUAUCCCAGUUAGGUUACAGGAGCUUCAUAAAAACCGUGCCAGUGAAACAGCAUGACAGUUCUAACAGGUAAACUUCAGUGCAGAUUGCAGACUGGUUAUAUGUAGAGUAGGUUAGUACACCAUUUGUACAUAGUAUUUUCAUCAGAAUCUGGAUAACAGAAUGAAAUUUUUUCUUGUACAUAAUUGUAAACGGGAAAUUAGUAUAAGUGUAUAACCAUUCUUGUA